UCGCGCCGUGAGAUUGGAGGGCAGAGAUGGGCGACGAGACCCGGAGCAAGUUCAAGCGGAUUUGCGUCUUCUGCGGCAGCAACUCUGGCAACCGAACAGUCUUCAGCGAUGCAGCUCUUGAUCUGGGUCGCGAACUGGUGAGGAGAAGGAUCGAUUUAGUUUAUGGUGGUGGGAGUGUGGGAUUGAUGGGUCUGAUUUCACGGGCAGUUUAUGAUGGAGGUUGCCAUGUUCUUGGGGUUAUUCCUCAAGCUCUCAUGCCCCUUGAGAUAUCUGGAGAGACUGUGGGGCAAGUAAAAAUUGUUUCAGACAUGCAUGAGCGAAAAGCUUUAAUGGCUCAACAAGCUGAUGCAUUUAUUGCGCUUCCCGACAUUGUAGGAGGGUAUGGAACAAUGGAGGAGGUGAUGGAGAUGACAACAUGGUCACAACUUGGAAUUCAUGAUAAACCAGUUGGCCUAUUAAAUGUUGAUGGCUAUUACAACUCCUUGCUGGAACUAUUUGAUAAUGGCGUGCAAGAAGGCUUUAUAAAGCCAGCUUGUAGACAUAUAGUGCUUUCUGCUUCAACUGCAGAUGAAUUGCUUACAAAAAUGGAGCUAUAUACUCCUUUGCACAAAGAAGUUGCUCCACGACAGAACUGGGAGAUUUCCCAUCUAGGUUACUCCAAGGCUCCAAGCUCACCCUGAAGAACUGAUUCAUGUGAUUCUUUGCUUGACAGUUUGUGCCUGAGAAGCCUCUGGCUGUAAGAGCUGUUCACUGAAGAACUGCUCUCACUUUGACUUUCCAAUAAAAGUAUCGGUGCUCAUAAUUGUGAAUC